AUGACACAGGAAACCCAGUCGGCCCUAACUCCCGAAGUAAGAGCAAUGAUCGGGGUAACCGGCGAUGUCGUCGAAGCCUGGGGCAACGUGGAUUCGGAAUACCUGCGUCGCUUCACCCAGGCAGUGAUGGAUCCGGAUCCCCGAUAUUGGGAUCAGGAGUUCGCUGAGUCCACCCAUUACGGGGAGAUUAUCACCCCGCCCAUAAUGGUCAGUUACCUGGCCUCCCGCAUCCGUCCCGACCAGGACGAUCCGGUCACCCGCGCCUUUGAAGAGAACCCGGAGUCGGACGGGAUCGGAUCGAUUGAACGACCCGGGGAGUUGCCGCCCGUACCUACCAACCUGGUCAGGGUCCUCAACGCCGGCAAUGAACUGGAGAUAUACAAGUACCCGAGCAUCGGGGAUAAGGUGUUCUUUCAGAAUAAAUAUUCAGACAUUCGGGAGCGUGUGGGCCGCGACGGUCGUGCUUUCCUGAUAAUCACCCGGGAGACGAGAUACAAGAACCAGAAUGACGAGCUGCUUUGCAUCACCCGGGCUUCGUCUAUCCGGCGUUAG